AUGGAGAAGAAACUUAAAAAUUGGGGCAGAAUGUUUACUAGACACAUUUUUGGAAAACGAGAUAGAUCUCGAUAUUACGGUAAACCUAAGCGAGGAGAAUUUAAAGGAAUUAAUUCCAAAAAUAGGAUGAGGAUCAAGAAAGGAAAAAUACCCCUCCUUCUGGCCGUAGAAGCUGGUAAUCAGUCUAUGUGUAGAGAACUACUAAGUGCUCAAACAGCAGAACAAUUAAAAGCUGCAGCUUUAAAUGGGGAUACAGCUUUACAUCUUGCAGUUCGAAGAAAAGAUAUUGAUAUGGUACGAAUUUUGGUUGACUACGGAACCUCCGUAGAUAUUCGAAACGGAGAAGGGCAAACUCCACUUCACAUCGCUGCCGCUGAGGGGGACGAAGUUUUAGUUAAAUACUUUUAUGGUGUAAGAGCUUUAGCUAAUGUAACAGACAAUCAAGAUCGUACUCCAAUGCAUUUAGCUGCUGAAAAUGGCCAUGCCAACAUAAUAGAAUUGCUUGCUGACAAAUUUAAAGCUAGCAUUUUGGAAAGAACCAAAGAUGGUUCUACUUUAAUGCAUAUUGCAUCUCUAAAUGGACAUGCCGAUUGUGCAAUGAUGUUAUUUAAAAAAGGAGUAUACUUGCAUAUGCCAAACAAGGCGUCCAAAUUAAUGUUAAAAAAGUUUGAUUUUUUGGAAUCAUCAGAUCUUUAUGUGCCCCUUGCAGAAAAAUCAUUAGUAAAAAUAGUGUUUGUGCCAUUCGUAAAUAAAAUAAUGAAUACUGAAGAACAACAAUCAAGUGUUGAGCUUUCGGAAGAUAAUUAUUUUGAUGAUAAAGAAGAAAAUUAUUCCCUUUAUGAAUUCGAUACAGAAAAAGAGGUUGAAUGCGAUCCAAAAAUUAUCGGUGGACGAGUGGUUAGUGCUGCUGACUACAAGCCGGAAGUCGUGGGUUCGAAUCCCACCAGGGGAUGGCUGUUUAUUUGUGUUUGUCCUAUUGUUCAACAGGAAAAAAUUCAACUCUUAACAGUGUUGCCAUCAAAUAUAAGUUUAACAAGAGGUGCAAAACAAAUUAACACGUCUCGAUAUUUUGUAAAGAAAGCUAGAGAGCUGAGUUUGCAAAACGGGAUUCUGUCUGUACCUUCUAAAAACCAGGGUAAAAAAAAUUCUUCAGAAGCUGAACUUAGGGUAAAAGAAUUUUAUGAAUACGACGACGUCAGUUCUAUAAUGCCAGGUCAGAAAGACACCAAAUCAGUUAAGAUUGAUGGAAAAUCCGUUAUUCUUCAAAAACGUUUAAUACUGGGAAGAAGUCGAAUAGUACAUUUUAUGAAAACAGAACAAUAUCCAGUAAAUAAUUACCGGGACAUUUUUUUACUAUCUCUAUGCUGUAACCCGACAGAAAAAUGCUUUUUUAGAGAAUGCGAGCUCUGUUUGAAAAACAACAUCUUAGAAAUUAGCAUAAGAAAGGUUUUUCAAAAAUACAACGUCAACGAAAUCACUCAUAAACAAUGGAUUUCGAAACCUCGAACAGCCCUCGAAACCGUAAAAGUCCCAGUGGAAAUUUACAUACAAAUUUUUUUUAAAUAUGGUUAUAAAUUUCUUUCACAUUCCUUCAUCGCAGAACAACAAGCAAGCUAUUACAGAUCAAUUAAAAACAAUCUACAGAACGAUCAAAGUCUUGUUGUAUGUGAUUUUGCCGAAAAUUAUGCUUUUAUUAUUCAAAACGCCGUUCCAGCACCACAACAAUUUAAAAACGUUAAACAUUUUUCAACAAUUUAUAAUCAUAAGCGAGACUUUGGUCGCUCUGCAACUUGGCAUUAUCAAGCCACAGCCCACGGAAAAGGUCCUUGUGACGGAGCUGGAGGAGCCUUGAAAAGGCAAGCACGAAAGGCUAGCCUUCAGGGCAAUAAUAUAACAACAGCCCUUGAGUUUUAUCAUUGUGCUUUAAGGGAUUCUUCCUUGAGCAAUAUAUCCGUCAUUUAUACUACUGAAAAGGACUAUGAAGCCGAUGGAGCCAGAAGUAUACAUACCGCAGCUAGAUACGGGCAUGUUGGAAUAAUUAAUAAAUUACUAGAAAAGGGAGAAAAAGUGGACGUUACAACAAAUGAUAAUUAUACAGCUCUCCAUAUUGCAGUUGAAUCUUGCAAGCCAGCAGUAGUGGAAACUUUAUUAGGAUAUGGAGCAGAUGUUCAUAUAAGAGGUAAUGUUUUCAAUACAUGUGACACGCUAAGAGGAAAGGAACACGUUCGCUGCGUUAAGGGGUCGAUACGACCCCGUGGAAAAUUAAGAGAAACAGCUUUACACAUUGCAGCAAGAGUAAAAGAUGGCGACCGAUGUGCGCUUAUGCUUCUUAAGUCUGGAGCAGGUCCAAACUUAGCUACUCAUGAUGGACAAACACCGGUUCAUGUGGCUGCUCAGUAUGGAAAUUUGCAAACAUUGCUCUUGCUUUUAGAAGAUGGUGGUGAUCCAAUGUUUAAAAAUAAGCGAGGUGAAACUCCUUUGCAUUUGGCCAGUAAAGGAUGCAGACCAGAUGUUGUUUUACAUUUAAUAAACUAUGUAAAAGAACGAAAAGGCGAAGAAAAAGCUUCACAUUAUGUUAAUGAAGUUAGCGACAAUGAUGAAAGUGCCCUACAUUACAUUUGUACUGUUACUAAGGAAGAAGUAGAAACACCUAAUUCUGACAAGGAAGUUGUAAAACUUCUUUUGGAAAAUGGAGCAGACGUAAAACUACAGACUAGUAAACAUGAAACCGCAUUUCAUUAUGUAGCAGUGGCUGGUAACAAUGAUGUAAUAAUGGAAAUGAUUGCUCAUAUGACGCCUACGGAUGGCCAAAAAGCAUUAAAUAAACAAAAUGUUAAUGGCUGGACGCCACUAGCCAUAGCAUCUCAUAAAGGACAUUUGGAAAUGGUUAAUAAUUUACUUCUUAACCAUGCAAGAGUAGAUGUGUUUGAUGCUGAAGGACGAUCUGCACUGCAUUUAGCAGCUGAACAGGGUUACCUACAAGUUUGCGAUUCUUUAUUAUCUAAUAAAGCCUUUAUAAAUUCUAAAAGUAGAAAUGGCAGAACUGCCUUGCAUUUAGCUGCUAUGAACGGUUAUGUACAUCUAGUUAAGUUCCUUAUAAAGGAUCAUAAUGCUGUUAUAGAUAUACUUACGUUAAAAAAGCAAACACCCCUUCACUUGGCAGCAGCAGCUGGACAAAUGGAAGUUUGUAAACUUUUAUUAGAAUUGGGUGCUGAUAUAGAUGCAACAGAUGAACAAGGGCAAAAACCCAUACAUGCUGCUUGUCAAAAUAACUUUUCAGAGGUCGCAAAAUUAUUUCUUCAGCAACAUCCAAGUUUGGUGAUGGCGACCACAAAGGAUGGUAAUACAUGCGCACAUAUUGCUGCAGCACAGGGAAGUGUAACAGUUAUAGAAGAGCUAAUGAAAUUUGAUAGGCAAGGGGUAAUUUCGGCAAGAAAUAAAAUAACAGAUGCCACUCCUUUACAAAUGGCAGCAGAAGGAGGACAUGCUGAAGUUGUAAAGGCUUUAGUUAGAGCUGGAGCAUCUAUAACGGAUGAAAAUAAAGCUGGUUUUACAGCUGUACAUCUAGCAGCACAGUAUGGGCACAUGCAAGUAUUAGAGGUUCUACGUUCUUCCAAUACAUUGCGAAUAGUUAGUAAAAAACUUGGUGUUACACCUUUGCAUGUAGCUGCCUAUUUUGGGCAAGCUGAUACAGUUCGGGAAUUGCUAACUCAUGUACCAGGAACUGUUAAAUCCGAGUCUCCUAAUGGAGCAUCAUUAGUGCCAACUUUGGGAAAUGAAACAGGAAUGACCCCGUUGCAUUUAGCUUCCUUCUCUGGUAAUGAAAAUGUAGUAAGACUUUUGUUAAAUUCAGCUGGAGUUCAAGUCGAUGCAGCAACACAUGAAAAUGUUGUAGACAAUGAUGUCUGUUAA